AUGGUGUGGAAUUUGGACGACGGCGGCGAGCCGCACUGUCUGGAGCACAUGGUGUUCCGCGGCUCGCGGCGGCACCCGGCGGUCGGCUCGCUCGACGCGCUGGCGAACAUGUGCAUGAGUUCCGGCACAAACGCGUACACGGCGGGCGACCGCACCGUGUACACGCUCUCGUGCGGCAGCGCGGAGGGGUUGCAGCAGGUGCUGCCGGUGUACCUGGACCACGUGCUGUACUGCGCGCUGAGCGCGGCGAGUUUCCGCUCAGAAGUGUUCCAUGUGGACGAGCGCGGCGUGCCCGGCGGCGUGGUGUACAGCGAGAUGGAGAGCGCGAUGUCGCGCGCGCUGGACAGCGCGUACUACCGGCUGCUCAAGUUGUUCUACGGGCCGGCGAACCCGCUGAGCCACAAUACCGGCGGCGCGCCGGCGGAGAUCGAGCGGCUGUCGCUGGAGCGCGUGCGGCAGAUGCACGCGCGGCACUACCACCCCGACAAGCUGCUGCUCGUGCUGAUCGGCAACGUGGAGCCCGCGCCGCUGCUCGAGGCGCUCGAAUUCAAGCCGUUGCAAUACGAAGCGAUUCGCGCGCUGCUGGGCGCGAAAGACGUCUUCUGCGUGUUUCCGACGGGCGGCGGCAAGUCGCUGAUCUUCCAGCUGGCGGCGCUGGCGCUCGCAAAGUGCUGCUUGGUGGUGAUGCCGCUCAUUUCGCUGAUGCAGGACCACGGCUUCAUCGCGGUCGACGAGGCGCACUGCAUUUCGACCUGGGGCAACGCGUUCCGCCCCGACUACCGCAACAUUGGAAAGUUUUUGCAAGACUUUCGGCUGCCGAAGCUCGCGCUGACGGCCAGCGCGACGGACGCGAUCAAGCGCGACAUCGUGGACUCCUACAAUAUGAAAGACCCGCACACCUGCGUGCUGUCCGUCACGCGCGAAAACAUCUACUACGUGUGCCGCCGCUUUUCGGGCGACAAGGCGAUCGACGCGGAGCUGCUCAACUUGGUGACGUGUGAGCACCGCGGCCAGGCGGGCAUUGUGUACUGUUUCUCGCGCUCGAACUGCCAAAAGAUUGUAAAGCUACUGAAAACGAAGAACGUCUCGGCGGCCAUGUACCACGCGGGCAUGAGCGCCGCGGCGCGGAAGUCCGUGCAGACGCACUGGAUGGCGAACCGCAUGAAAAUAAUUGUCGCGACGAUCGCCUUCGGCAUGGGCAUCGACAAGCCGGACGUGCGCUUCGUCAUCCACCUGGCGCUGCCGAAGAGCCUCGACGCGUUCUACCAAGAGUCGGGGCGCGCGGGGCGCGACGGCGCGCCGAGCACGAGUUACCUGCUCUAA